GGUGCUGAACUGUCCACCCAUGUCGAUUCUGAUACCCCUCCAGAAACACUCUCCCGCCGGGACAUUCCUGCAGUGGCGGAAUUCAUCUUCAGCGGGAAGUACGAAAGGAUAGUCUUUCUGGUACUAUACCCCUCUUUCCCAAAACCCCUCCGCCACAUGCUAACAUGUCCCAUAGUACGGUGCCGGAAUCUCCACCCCCGCCGGCAUUCAGGACUUUCGAACACCGGGUACGGGCCUCUACUCCAGCCUCCAAACGCUAAACCUCCCUCACCCGGAGGCCGUCUUCGAUACAAGCUUCUUCCGCACCAAUCCCUAACCUUUCUACACCCUCGCGAAUCCCUGCACCCCAGCCAAUUCACCCCGACCGUCACACACGCCUUCAUAUCGCUAACGGCAAAGAAGAACUUGCUUCACAAGUGCUUCACCCAGAACAAUAGACAUGCUAGAAGGCGCCGCGGGGGUUCCGCCGGAUAAGCUCGUUGAAGCCCACGGCUGGUUCGCGGGGCAGUCAUGCAUAGAUUGUCACGCCGAGUACCCGGCCGAUAGGAUGAAGAAGCACCUUCUCGCCGGAAGUGUGCCCCAGUGCGAGACUUGCACCGGGUUGGUGAAGCCGAAUAUUGUAUUCUUUGGGGAGAGCUUGCCGAGGGAGUUUCACAUAGGGCUUAGAAUGGUCGAAGAGGCGGACUUAGUGAUCAUGAUGGGGAGCUCAUUAAGUGGUUACCCGUUUGCGGUACUUCCCGAACGGGCGAGGGAGGGGGCGGUCAGGGUUUUAAUCAACAAUGAGAAGGCAGGGGGGAUUGGUGGCCGGGCGGGCGGUGUGCAUUUGCUAGGCGGGUGCGAUCGGGGGGUGAGAAGGGUGGCGGAGGAGCUGGGGUGGACGGAGGAGCCGGAGGAAGUUAGGAGGUCGGUCGGAGGUGGGAGCGAUAAGGAGGCGGAAGCUCAGGCCGACAGCAGCGAAGCUACCGACCCGGUAGAAAGCAUGGAUGUGAAAGUUGGCUGUCUAACUGAAGAGGUUGUGCGUAGCCUAUCCGUCGUUGACGGCUGGAAGGACAACGUCAUGAAAGACCUU